UCCACACACUCGCUGCAUGCGUGUGUCGGGCAGACUGUACCCUCCCACGGCCGCUCUCCACCGAGAAGAAGGAGUUUAUUUACCGUGCUGUUGUAGAUGUAUAUUUGUUUAUCACUGACUGGUUUUAUACUCACGUCUUAGGAAUGCCAUGGCUACUCAGAAUAACCAGGAUUACUUCAGGUCGGUCAGCAGCGAGUCCAGCGCAUACAUGAUGGUUCCGGCGAACGGCCGCGUUCGGGACUCGCCGUCUAAGUUAUGGGUCGCAAUGGUCGUGAUUGUGGUGGUCGUGCUGCAAAUCGCCUCGACCACCGGGCUCUUUGUCUAUUUAAAUAUGUCUUUAUCGCAGGUUAAGAGUCAGGGGGUCACAGAAGAGCUGCGGUGCCUGGGUUUGCUCAAUGCGCUGGAUAAGGACAUAGACAUUCCUGAAGACCUGGCCCAACUGUUUGGAGAGCCCUGCAUCAAACUAGCUGAGGGUAUCAAGGCCUAUAUCUCCAAGGUUACAGACAGUAUCAUCUCCAAACAGGCUUUACACGAAGCAAGAGCCAUGCCUCAUCCAUAUAAUACAUCAGGGUCAAAGUUCAUGACCACUGUGGCACAGAGGCCAUCAGCCCACCUGACCCUUAGCAGCCUCCCAGGUGGUGCUCAGUACUCAAUGCCUCAACCAGACCUACACCAGUCCUGCCGCCACCCAGUGCGCUACUGGGCCAAUCAGAGCGUUCGCGGCCAUCUGUACAACAUGACGCUGGCCAAUGGACGCCUUCGUGUACCCCAGAAUGGCCGCUACUACCUGUACUCCCAGGUGUACUUCCGUUACCCCUCCCCCAGUGAGGGUGAUCAACACAGUGCAAGCCACCAGCUGGUCCAGUGUAUCUAUAAGAAAACCUCCUACCCAAGGCCCAUUCAGCUUUUGAAGGGAGUGGGGACCAAAUGUUGGGCACCUGAAGCAGAAUACGCACUUCAUUCCGUGUACCAGGGAGGCCUGUUUGAGCUGCAAGCAGGCGAUGAGGUGUUUGUGUCUGUCUCUUCUCCCAAUAUGGUAUAUGGUGAGGAUUCUUCUAGCUACUUUGGAGCUUUCCGUCUGGACCUCUGAAAGCAUAUCAGAGGAACUACCCCAGGACUACAUUGCCCAGAAUGCACUGGGCAGAACAUUCUGUGGCUGCAACCCAUAGAAGACUUAAUAAUUUCAUCGUCUAACUGUCCUUUCUAUAAAACAGACAUUGAAUAUUUGAAGGAUGCGUUAAUGAGCGACAUUCAGACAUGGUUGACAGAGGAAUUUAUGUAUAUUUCUACAAUCACAUCAAAGAUGUAAUUCUGAAACGGUAGCAAAAACAAGCAGGAACUCAUGCAAGGUUAAUUUGUGCUAAUGGAUGUAAGAACUAAAGACUCUCCUGUCCACUGGAGGGAAAUAUUUUUGUCUGCAACAGAUUUACCACAGAAUUUGGAAAACAGAGAUAUGAGAAGAGAACGAUGACAGCGGGAAUGUGGAGGAAAGAGAGCGGAGAGUGGAAGCAGCUCUACCAGCCUCAAAAGCACCAUCCUGGCAGGUUGCAGUACAUGUGAAAUUCUUGCUGUCCAGUCAAACCCAUGGAGCAGAAUGCCCUGACAUAAAAAAAAAAAACAGUUAUGACACAAACAGAAUUCCUCUUUUGCAUAGAUUACUUUUAGAUACACACCCACACUCAUAAGAUAAUUUAUGGCUUCCAAAUAUGCAAAACGCAGACAUAAGACAAAACAGAUUUCAUCUAAAUCAAAAAGCACAUGUGUUUAGUCUCCUAGUCAAACACAAAUCACACAGUCUUCGUCCAAUUAUCGCACACUUUUACAAGAUGCAGAUACACCUACAUUCACACUCAAACAGAGUCUCCCUCUGCUGUCUGGUCCGGGGUGCGGAGGAACUGCUGUCAGGGAGGGAACGCACAGAGGAACGUGCUCCCUGCCUCACGUGGUGUUCACUGUCUUAAAGGUUAAAUAAACACUAUGCCACACUGUUUGUUGAAAUGUUACACCCAGUCUUACAAUGCUUUGUUUUUGCUAAUGCUAGAUCUCACAAGAUCUCAGCUCACCCUGAAGAAAUCAUUUCUUGACCAGUGGCACAUCAUAUAUGUGUUUUCCAUCUUUCUUUCUCUCUGUGUGUGUGUUUGGUUGGUUCAACCUGUGUAUAUAUUGUGUUUUAUUCAGAAUCUCGUGGUUUGGAAUUGAAUGUACAAGCAUUGUAAUGCUGGCUUUUCUACUAAGGUUUCUUUCUUGCAUGGAAAUCAAACAUUGAGCCUCUCACUGUAAAUGUAAACAGCCUAGAAAAAAUUGACAUUCUCCAAAGGAAGCAGCACUGUGAAAGAGAAAUGGGAAAUUCUAUAUACUGUACGCCAGCUUUUCUGAGGAAAAAGUGUUUGUUUCAAGGAGGAGAGGGUGGGGUAAUAACUUUCCUCUGUAAAUGCUGCAAAACUGUCACAAUGGUGUUUCUCCGAUCAAACAAAACACUUUCAUUGUAAACCGCAAAUGGGUUUUCCUCUUUUUGGACUCUGCCCCAGUUUUUACUGAUAAAGUCAGAAAGAUCCCUUGCCAAGACAAUGCCUUAAAUCACUAAAUACAAGGAGAGCAAUUGAGUCAAGAAGGUAUGGACACAAUGUUAGUUAUACCUCAUAUUAUAAAACAUAAUUCUGUCUAGCUGUUAUCAGCAAUUCGUCUGGAUUAAGGAACUUGGAAAUAGAUUUCAUCCAAAGGGGAGAAACCAUUUAUUCUAUAAAAGGUUAAAGCUUUUUGAUGCCUUCAGUGCAAAGGCAUUUCACUCAGAUCUUCUGAAAUGCACAAUAAAACUUAAACAUUAUAUUGUUAUAACAGUGUCAUAAAACUGUUAUAACAUAAAUAAUGCCAUGAAGCUCCCCCCUGCCGGUUGCUAUUAUUGUUUUAAGGAAUGUGACAUCAAAUACCACCAAGUUUGGGGUAACGCUUCAGAAUAAGGUUCUAUUUGUUACCAUUAUUAAAUUAUUUAGAUAUUUUGAAGUAACAGUGGACACUGUUUUAUUAGGCUACAGCUUUUAUUAAUCUUGUUUAUUGUUCAUUUAUAAAAACACAAUUGUUCAUUGUUAGUUCAUGUAGUUCAUAAUGCAAUAAAUAAUGUUAAUAUAUACUUAACUUUUCAUUUUUAAAAUGUGUUAAUACAUGUUGAAAUUAACAUUAACCAAGAUUUAUAAAUGCUUUAAAAUAAUUGUUUAUUCAUGUUAACAAAUUCAACCUUAUUAUAAAGUGUUACCAAGUUUUGUGUCCUCAAUUAAAGUUAUAAUGUAUGUGUAAAAAUUCCUUUGUACCACUUUUAUGAAAGCCUCUCACAGAGUCUUCACUGUAAGUGAUGGAUAUCCAGUGCUAUUAGAAUUAUAAACAUAACAUUAGUAUUGCGACAAUGGCAUAUACUUGGUUAGAAAUAAAAGAUGAUUCAAAUUAGUAGGCCAGAGACCAGAAACAUCACAAGCUGGCUUUGAUGUAAUGGUCAGAAGUUAUUUAAAUACAUACCGAAAUUCAUAACACAAAACAUAUAUUUGUAAAUGAAGUCAUUUGAGUUCUGUCUGACAUAAAAUAGAUGGAUUAGCUCUGCAGUAGCUCUCUCUACACUUCUAGUUUAGACAGCUCUGUUGAUAUGAUGGAAAGUAUCUACAGUAUAGUUUUGUUAUGUCGCAACACUCCUUUUUACACUUAUCUGAGGUUCACAGUUCAUUAAGUUAGUGCCUGUUGUCACUAUUUCAUAUAUUCGGGUCACAGGACAAUGCCCACGUUCCCAGAUGAAGUAUGUGCUGGAUUAUAUUCAUACUACUCGCCUGCAUACCUAAAGAACAUUCUUCAUCAAAUGCAGUAAAUUCUCUGACAAUAAGCGAAGUCGUACGCAGCUUAACAUUUACCAAUAUAUGGGGAAAAACCAACCCAGACUUAAAGACAUACACAACGUCAUCAUUGCCCAAUACCCAUCAGUCUUUAUAGCCAUCAGAGCCCAGCGAGGCCUUGCACACCCUCACAAAUAAACAUCCACCUAAAGAUAACAAUGCAUCCCCAGAGUAUAUAUUGCAAUUGCACUCCCAUUGUUUCAAAAGACAGUUGGAGGCUUACAUUUAACCAGUCAGUCUGCUCUGGCCUGUGUGAGUGUACUAGUGGAAAUAAGUAUCUGUUGAACAUGAAGGUCGUGGUUAGGUCAGGGGUGGCCAGCAAUGAAAAAAAUUGGCUGAAUUCCAGCAUAUCUAGAUAGACUUCAGCAGGACUUGCCCUCUGAACCGCAUAGCACCACAAUGUGAGCACAGAAGAAAAAUGGAUGUUAAGUGUAUAUGUGCGUGUGUUUUUUAAUGAAAUGCUCCAGUGGUUUCUAAAAUAUUGGAUGUAAUAUUUUGCAUGCCCACUUUAAACAAAACUCUCACUGAGCUCUGGAGAGACUUUACAGGACUGCUGUGAAAAACUGGACGGAAUAUAACACAUCGAAAUCCAGUGAGCAACAUGAACUGUCAGGCGAAACAAAAAGACUAUUGUUUUUCCUUUUCCAGCGAGAGCCGCAAUACUUUUUUUGUCUUGAGAUUGUUAAAUUCUCUACCCACCAAUCUCCGGGUCUUUUCCAUGUAAAGAUGCACUGUUUACCAAUGUUGCGCCUCCAUCUUGGUAAGAAUGUACUGAUAUCUCUCACUCUUUAUUGUGUCAUUUUACAGUGUCUGAUCUGUGUGCUUAAAACAUGUGUUUGAGGUGUCAUUUCCAAUCAUUAAAGUGCCUUUUUUUUUUUUAAUCAUGAGUCACCUUUUGAUCAUGUAUUUUUAGUUAUUAUGCACUUUUAUGGGGUGGCCCAUAUCACAAUUUCUUCACUGCUUUGUUUUCUUUAAAACUUAUAGACACAAUACCACAAUCAAUAGCUCAUUUAUCCACCAAAACAAACACACUGCUCUAACACAGAAGAUGCUUUCACACACACACUUAGCUAUGUAAAGAACACACCACACUGAAAAAAGGGAAAACAGUUGAAAAUAAUAAACCAGUACACUUUAAAUCAUUUUAAUACAUUUAUGUUUGAGAAGAGAACAUAAUUAUAUUCAAGUCCAAUUGAUAUUCAACACAGACGUUAAAAAGUAAUAUGAUCACAUUGCUAUGAAAUGUUCAAAUGUAGUCAAACUUCUAACAUGUCAACCCAGUCUCAUGAAAAUUAAUUCUUAUUUUAUGAAUUGGCUAU